CCAGAGACAGGACCAGCAUCUGGACCAGAGACCAGGAGGACCAGGACCAGGACCAGAGACCUGCAGCAUCAGGACCAGAGACCAGGAGGACCAGCAUCUGGACCAGGACCAGGACCAGGAGGACCAGCAUCUGGACCAGGACCAGAGACAGACAGACAGACAGGUGCCUGUCUCCCUCUCCCCCCCCGUGCCGGGCCGUGCCGGGCCAGCAUGGAGGAGACCCGCGUCAUCUACCACCUGGAGGACCAGGAGACCCCCUACCUGAUCCGGAUCAGCGUGCCCGCGCAGCGCGUCACCCUGGCGGACUUCAAGCAGGUCCUGAACAAACCCAACGUCCGGUUCUUCUUCAAGUCCGUGGACGACGAGAUCGGGGUGGUCAAAGAGGAGAUCAGUGAUGAUGUUGCCAGACUGCCCUUUGUGAACGGACGAGUUGUCUGCUGGUUGGUGUCUUCAGACACGUGUCAGUCAGAUUUCAGGGGGUCAGACCUUCAGUCAAUAGCCACGCCCACAAGCCUGGCCCCGCCCCCCAUAGAGAGGACAGGUGUGAUCGGAGACUCCAGACCUCCGUCCUUCCAUGCUGCUGCUCUGAGUCAGGAUGAGCUGCAGGGGUCAGAGGUCAAACCUGUAGCUUCACCAGCAGAGAGGAGAGAGAGAGAAGAGGAGCGAGGCCGGCGUCUGAAUGGCCACGCCCACCAACAACCAGCUGAUCAAAAUGGAACGGGGCUAACAGGUGGCGGUGACAGUUCGUCAACCCAACCCAGCAGCCAAUUAGAGACCACCAGCUCCUGCUCCUCUGAGGAAGACUCAGGAGGAAGGUUCAGCCAAUCAACAGGUCAGAGCGGCUCGUCACCGAGACUCGUCAGGAAACAACGACGCCGCCACCGGAAAAACAAAACACAGCAGCGGAUGGAGAAGUCUGUGUCUUUCAGCAGUGUCACUGACUCCACCAUGUCGCUCAACGUCAUCACUGUAACUCUGAACAUGGAGAGGUAUAACUUCCUGGGCAUCAGUAUCGUUGGUCAGAGUAACGAACGAGGAGAUGGAGGUAUUUAUAUCGGCUCCAUCAUGAAGGGAGGAGCUGUGGCAGCAGACGGACGAAUCGAACCCGGAGACAUGCUACUGCAGGUGAACAACAUAAACUUUGAGAACAUGAGUAAUGACGACGCUGUUCGAGUCCUCAGAGAAAUUGUCCACAAUCCAGGACCCGUGACGUUGACGGUGGCUAAGUGUUGGGACUCGAGUCCUCGGGGCUGCUUCAGUCUACAGAGGAGUGAGCCGGUCCGUCCGAUUGACCCUGCUGCCUGGGUGUCGCACACGGCGGCCAUGACGGGGAGGCUCCCCCCCCACUACGGCGUCCACGAGGAAAACCAUCUCACCAUCCACAGCGACAUGACGGCCGUCGUCAAGGCGAUGGCCAAUCCUGAGUCGGGUCUGGAGGUUCGGGACCGGAUGUGGCUGAAGAUCACCAUCCCCAACGCUUUCAUUGGUUCUGACGUGGUGGACUGGCUCCACCGGAGCGUCGACGGGUUCACUGACCGCCGCGAAGCUCGCAAGUACGCCGGAAACCUGCUGAAGGCCGGAUUCAUCCGCCACACCGUCAGCAAGGUGACCUUCUCUGAACAGUGCUACUACGUGUUCGGAGACCUCUGUGGAGAUCUGGGUGUGAUGACUCUGCUGGAUCAUGAAGAAGACUUCAGUCGAGGAGGAGGAUCAGAUUGUGACCCUCUGGGUCCGGCAUCGGGCACUGUGAGGACCUUGGACUUCCCCUACCAGUACCCCGUCCCUCACCCCUACAGCGCACCUCCCCCACUCCUACAGCUGCCGGCCUGGGGAGGAGGAGGAGGGGGAAGUCAGCACAGUGAAGGAAGUCACAGCAGCGGAUCCAACCGGAGUGCGGCUCUGAAGGAGGGAGGGCGAGGCAGCCAAUCAGAGACGACCAAACAGGAAGUGAGUGCUUCGCCUGACAACCAGCUGGAGUCCCCCGGUGACGACGGCACCCAGCGACCCCCGACCUCCUGCUCCGGUGACCAUGGUAACAAAGACUCCAAGGACCUCCCGCCGGCUCCGUCACCUCGAGGCCGGGAGUCCUUCUGCCUGGCCAUGGGAAACCCCAGUGAUUUCUUUGUGGAUGUCAUGUGAUC